CAUUUAAACCCAGUGAGGUCAUGGAUUCACAGCCAGCUGCAGCACAAUGAACACAAGGCAUUUGUUUCACAUUACCCGAGUUUGAUGUUUCUUCACCAGCUGCAACUUCGGCUGCCUCUGAUUCACAAAAUGGAUGGUGCGAGUUAAUCCCACGCAAGCCUAACUGUUGCUGUAAAUUAUAAAAACAGGGGAGAGUUCGCCAAAAUCUCCCACGUCUCACUCAAUCGGAUGUUCGUUUGCUCUUUUUUUUUUUAAUCUGUUUUUCUGUGGAUUUCAAGCCUUACCUUGCGUGCUGGCUACAGAUUAAGAAGAACACAUCCAGUUUGGCAGGAUAUAUGAAGAGAAAUGCUUAUUUGACAUACAAUAAAGGAGAAAUCACAUCAAUCAUAAAAUAAAAUUUUUUUUAAAAAAAACACACUGGCACAUCCGUCAAGCAGAUCUUCAUUCGGUGGGAAAAUGACCUGGAAAUGGAUCAACGUAAUCUGCACUCUUUUGUCACUCUGCAUGACAUCAGUGGUAGUUAGUGACGAAGAACCCGGAGCAAACUGUGCAGACUUCAACAACACGACGUGGCUAAAAUACAGACAAAUGAAAGGUGUUCACGUCCAGUACCUGCUCCUAACAAGACAGAAUGCUAACUGCGCUAGUUUCUUCACCCAGGACUGUCUCAACCAUACACAGAAACAUACUGCACACUUUAACAGUACACUUCCCACUAAAGUCAUUAUUCAUGGAUAUAGUGCUCUAGGCAGGAAGCCCUCGUGGGUGAGUGGCUUAGCCCAGGCUUUGUUAGAGAAGGAGGAUGCGAACAUCCUGGUGGUAGACUGGCUCAGUGGAGCCUCUUAUGCCUACAACCAGGUUGUGGAUAAUUACAAGGAGGUAGCUGUGCAGAUAUCAAUUCUUAUAAAACAGCUUACGACCAGUGGUAUUAAUCUGGAAUCAUUCCACCUCAUUGGAAUAAGCAUGGGAGCUCAUGUAGCAGGAUUUGUGGGAACUCUGUUUGCAGGCAAACUGGGACGAAUUACAGGUCUUGACCCAGCAGGUCCCAUGUUCAAAAAUGCCGACCCAUAUGACCGCCUGGAUCCCUCCGACGCCAUGUUUGUUGAGGCUAUACACACUGACUCCGACUCGUUUGGUAUUUCUAUUCCUGUCGGACAUGUGGAUUUUUUCAUAAAUGGUGGGCUGGACCAAACUGGAUGUGUACGGUCAAGUUUUGCAUCAAUUUUUAUUUAUUUUCCAGUGUAUGGCUAUGUAAUCUGUGACCAUAUGAGGGCGCUGCAUGUGUACAUGAGUGCACUAAAUGGCUCCUGUCCACUCACCGGCUUCCCUUGCUCCAGUUAUGAGGACUUCCUGGCCGGCCGAUGUACCAGCUGUGAUGACCCCUUCAACAACAUUUGCCCACAGAUAGGCUUGCUGAAGAACAGUGGGAUAACAAUGUCGCCAUUACCCAUACAUGGGAAAGUCUACCUCCUGACUACAUCUGAAGUUCCCUUUUGUGUCCAUCACAUACUGAUUGAGCUGAAAGUGUCCUCGCUGAAAAAGAGUGCAGUGGUGCAGGUCACUCUGGUCUCCAUGCAAGACAUCAAGACAGAGCAGAAACUCCAUCUACAGACCGGCAAAACCAUUUAUAAAAAAGUGGUAGGGCACCCGGAGCAUCUAUGCAAGAUCGAGUCCAUCCAUCUAAAGAAUAUUGGAGCAUUAUUAUACAGACAAGGGAACGUCCACUUUGAAUACAUCUGUAUCUCCAAGAUCCCUAAAAUGAGGAGGCUGGACAAAUUGUGUGUGGAGAACAUAAAGAUUGGCAGGAGAGCACCAUGGUCACAUCACUUCAUCCAGGUGUGCUGAACAUCAGGACGGAGAGAGCAAGCGCCACACAAUGGACAACAUUGGAAGAUGCAUCUUACAAAUGCACCGAUGGAGAAAGACCACACGCUAGAACUGCAAUGUAAAGACAACAGCAUUUAUUAAAGUGUUCCACUAAAAGCAGACAUAUCGCAUGUACAGUGUAAAAAACGCCGUUUACAAAUGCAUUAUUCGCUAACAGUCCGAUGAUAUUAGGUCAGAUAUUACAGAGCAAUUAAAAUGUUCUUUCCUUCUAAUAUCAAAUAAUGCAAUAUCGUUAAGAUGAAAAUUCUUCACGUGUGUCUUAUUAACUUAACGUUAAUGUUAACCUUAAUGUUUUUUUUGUUUUGUUUUGUUUUGUUUUUGUGAUAUACAGGAGCUUGGCAUUUUUUAAUGCAUAAAUUAUCUGUGAAAUUAAUUAACAGUGUUCAGGCAAAUUUAUGCACAACUUUUGGUAAUUCAAAUGUAGAAUAAAGCUUAAUCUGCUACAGGCAAAUUAUAGACUGGGAUCAAUAUCAGCCAUGCACUGAAUUUCCACUGAGGUUUUAUUAAGGAAGAAUUGGCCCCAUGAAAAUACACUGAUUCCUUAUGGUGAAAUAAAAUUACAUUAAAUAGUAUAGGCUGGUUGAAUGUUUUCCCUGUACUCAUUAUUUAGUAUUUAUUAUGUACUUCAGAAAAGAAAAGGAAAAAGCAAAAACACAAUGUGACAUUAGGAAAUCAAGUGAAAAGAGAAGAGGAACUCUUACUUACAUUCAGAUCUACCAAAAUACUCAGACUACAGGCUUAAUAACAACAUUAAAGGAAAAACUUUAAAGUUAUUCUAUAAUGAUAUUAACAUGGAACCUAAAACUAUUUUUGGCUUUGUUGAUCGAGGCCAAUUGAAAGGAUUAUUACUGCUAUACUAGUAUAGAUAAAUCCUUUCUAAAACCUCGUUAAGAUGUCCGAUUUACAAUACGUCUCUGUACUGUACUAUAGAAACAUAACCUAUGACAACAGAGGAAACGAGAAGCAUGUAGUGGAACUUGCUGAGGCCCCGGUUCCACUCUUGGCUUUGUUUAUGGAUUAGAUUAUUUUUAG